AUGGCGGACGGAACAAUUGCAUCAGCUGUUGCGCUUCCUGAGCCAGAAGAAAGUCCGGAUGGCAGAUUAAAGCGUCGCCAGUCCCUAUCUGAAGACAAUGAGAACAAACGGCGCCGGCUGAGUGAUGAGAACCGACAUCCCGACUCCAAGGAAAACGAACCGUCUCCGUCCGCGGUCACUGCACCUAAGCCGAACACCGCGGAUGGAAGGGAUUCCCGGCGAAAGAGUGGCGCGGCAGAAGAGCGCAAGCGUGGUCAAAGAUUAUUUGGCGCCCUGCUGGGUACACUCUCACAGAGCUCAUCUACAGCAGCACAGAAACGACGGGCGGAUAUCGAGCAAAAGCAGCUGGCAAAGCUCCGUAUGCAGGAGGCAGAGUACACGGAACUGACGCGAAAAAAACAAGAGGACUUAUUGGCGGUGCGGAGGAAGGAACAGAGGAUAUAUGAGAGGCAGUCGAUGCGUGUCCGACACUCGAACCAGCUAGCUGUGGCACAUUUCCUCAAAACAACAGCUGAACCUUUCCUGUACUACAAACCAUGGCAACUCCGACCGGAAGAAGAAGAUAGAAUUAAACAACAAAUUGACGAUUGUAAAGCUACAAUCGCAAAAGAGGUCGAGGAAUUUGAAACGAAAAAUCCACCAUCGCCUCGUCCUACCCCAAACCAACCUGACACUCUAUUUGCUGCUGCAGGUGAAACACGCACAACCGUUGCCCCUAGAAAUAAUAUUAUUUCUGAUGAUAAAGAGCCAAAGGACGCAGUGCAAUUGAAAUCCGAUACGGUGGGUGAUGGCACUAACAAUAAUAACAACCGCACUGAAACUGAACCAGAACCCCAAAUAUGCUCCCCUGCUGCUACUGGUCCUGCUCUUUCUGAUCACCCUCUUGCUGCUCCUGCUACUACUAAUGAAUCCUCUACGUCUUCUACUACUAAAAGCCGCAACGACAACCCAUCCACAACUAGCGUUAACCACCACCAAAAAGCACACGAUGAUGAUUCUGGAGAAGUCAUGCUCGAAGAUAAGGAGGAUACUGUCAUAUAUUAA